AUGAAGGGAAGUGGCAAGGUCCUUUCUGUGACAUGUGACAGGGGCAUCCUGAUCCUCAUCAUUGCCCUGGCUGGGCGGAUUCCAUCACCGUUUUUCAUCCAGUAUCCACCUCUACCUCCUACUCAUUACACGGUGGCAAUCUUUCCCUGCAGUGGCAGCCUCAGUAUUCUCAGUACCAUUAGCACUGAGCACCGUCUGUCUGUCCUGGGUCUGAGGCACACGUCAACUGUGGUGUGUGCCCUACUCUGGGUCCUGUCCCUGCUGCUGAGCAUCCUGGAUGGGAACUACUGUGGCUUCUUACUUCUAGGAAGUGCGUGGUUACGGGAUCCAUCUGAUUACAGUUUGUUCAUUCAUGGUUGGCAUCUAGCUAAUGCUGCCCUGCCCAGUGUCAACAACUGUGCCAACCCCAUCAUUUACUUCUUCGUUGGCUCCUUCAUGCAGCGGUGGAGGCAAUGGACCCUCAAGUUAGUUCUUCAGGGGGUCCUGCAGGACAUUCCUGAGAUGGAUGAAAGUGAGACAAGCCUUCCUCGGGAAACCAUGGCGAUGUCACAAAUCAGAUUGAUGGGAUAA